UCAUGUCUAAACCUGAGCCCAACACAAUACCAGGAAGAAGUUGACAGGUACAAGCCAGUCUGUUACGUAUGUGUCUGUUACAUAUGUGUUAUAGCUGCCUCGGACAGAUGUCUUCAGUAGUUGGACGCCUUGGAAAUACUCAACCAUGACAUUGUGUAUUGGACUUGUGCUACCUCUGUGGCUGACAGUGGUUCUGAUGUCAACAGAUGGAUCAUCACUUGAUUGCCAGCCGUGCAGAUGUUCUGAAACAAAGGGUGAAAUCAUUGCAUAUUGUACAAAUAGAUCCUUAUCAUCAGUUCCCAACAACCUCCCGUACAAUGUAACAGACCUAAGACUGAGUCAUAACAGAAUGAGCAAUACUGGCAAAUAUUUGAAAAAGUACACAUUUUUAAAAAGGCUUGAUCUGUCAUUCAACAAACUCUACACGCUUGGGAGAAAUGCUUUUGUCGGACUUACAGAGUUGGAAGUUCUAAUACUUAGCCACAAUCAUUUAUCCUUGUCCAAAAGUGUUUAUCCUGUACGGAUGUUCCGGUUCCAGAAGAAGCUCAGGGUUCUGAAAAUGGAAAGUAAUUCUCCGGUAGAAUAUGAAGGACAUCUCAAUAAUUCGCUGGCAGAAAUAUAUUUACUUCAGUAUCCCGACGAAAUCUUUAAAGAUUUGGUUUCCCUUGAGGAACUUCACAUAGAUGGGCUCAGGAAUCCAGUGUUUGGAGAAGGAUUUAAAUACACCAAUAUCACAAGGCUGGUGAUUGGAGGGAAUUGUGACAUGAGACACGUGUCAAAUGUAACAUUCCGCUAUUUGAGGGGAAUAACGCACCUCGAUGUUACAAGUUGCGAAGUAACUGACAUUGGCCAGUCUGCAUUUGAGCCUUUCCAAAACAUUCACACGUUAGACUUGUCUAACAAUCCCAAUCUUGGGUUGGACAAGGCUUGUGCGAGUUUGUACGGUCUUCGUAAUUCUUCAUUGAAAAUUCUAAAAGCAAAUAAAAUUGUCAGAUAUCAGGGAACUGGCAUUCUCGUAUCUGUGGAACACGUAAAAUAUAUGACUGAUAUGGUCCUUGAGGGAUUACAUCUAGACGACAACCGGAUAGAAUUACUGGAUCCUCGAGUGCCCGUCCUCAUGCCUAAAACCCUUAAAACUGUUUCCUUUCGAAGAAACAUGUUUUUGUUUGGUAUUUACCUUCUAACAAUGACAUCAAUGACCAACCUGCAGUUUGUGGAUAGUUCUUCAGGUCAUUGGUCUCAUGCUCGUCCAUUUUCAGUACAGGCAAAAGCUCAACUUGCUUCUAUUCUCACAAACCCUCAUAUGGAUUAUGCUGACAUCUCACGACAUGACGAAAGUGGCAGUACAGUUUGCUCUGUCGCCAACUCAAAUAAACAUGAUUUUUCGCAAUUUGGAGAUAUUUCUGUUGAUGACAUACCGUGGCCGGGAAAUUUCACCAUUAAUAUUCCACCGAAUGCAACACAUGGAAACGCCAGCAACUCAAAACUGAGUUACAUCAUCCCUAGAAUUACCUUUGGUAAAAACAGAUUGAAGGUUUUGGAUCUGUCUUAUAAUUUCUUUACACAGUGGUCUGGGCCGAUUAUCGGGCUUCAUCAUCUGGAAUUCAUUGAUGGAUCGCACAAUUAUUGUGAAUUAAUAAGCAUACACUUCUUUGAUGAUUUCCUUUCCUUGAGAAUACUGAACAUCAGCUACAAUUAUCUUGGCUAUUCUUUACAGAAUGAAACAUUUCGUAAGCUAUCCAAUCUUGAACAUCUGGACCUAUCAAAUAAUAAACUAAAUACUCUUCCAAGAGACAUUUUUAAGGGCUUAGAAUAUCUCACAUACCUGAGUGUUCGGUCCAACUAUUUGAAUACGUGGAAUGCCAAUAUUGGGGAUCUGAGGAAUCUGAAACUUUUGGACCUCUCUGAAAAUCUCUUUGAGCAGCUUGAUGUAACCUUUAGAAAUCAGAUUGAUGACAAUACAAGCAAAGGAUUGCUUAUAGUGCUUCAAAGGAACCGAUGGAGAUGUACAUGUGAGACGCUGAGCUUCUUAAAGUGGCUAAACAUUAAAGGCAGCAGUGUUUAUGAUAUGGAGGAACUAUCCUGUACAGAGGUAGAUGGUGGCGAAAAGGACAUGGCCAAUCUACCAGAAAUCAUCAUGGAACUGGAGAAGAACUGUGCAUCCUACACUGGGGUGGUGAUUGGGAUGGUCAGUCUCAUUAUGCUGGUCUUGGCAUUAACCGUGACAGGCGUCGUGUACAGAUACAGGUGGAAACUGAGGUACCUCUACUACGUUGCCCGGAACAGACACAGAGGGUACCUGCCUGCUGUAGAGGCGGAACAGGAGUUCGAGUUUGAUGCUUUCAUAUCCUACGCUGACGAGGACCGUGGACUUGUGGUAAGGGACAUGAGGCAGAAGCUUGAAGAGAUACAAGGACUAAAGCUCUGUAUCCAUCACCGAGAUUUCCUCGUUGGAGAGGCUAUUGCAGCCAACAUCCUGAACGCUGUCAAAUCCAGCAGGAAGACUGUGAUCAUCCUGUCCAGACAUUUCUUGAGGAGCUACUGGUGUAAGUACGAAGUUGAGAUGGCCAAGAUGGAGAGUAUCUACACUGGACGGAACGCACUGCUGGUUGUAGUCCUAGAGAACAUCCCUGUGAAGGACCUGACUCCUGAUAUUGUGGAGUUGAUGCGUCAAGAUUCCUAUGUAGAGUACACGGAUGAUCAGGAUGGUCAGGAAGUGUUCUGGCAGAAUCUGGAGCGGGCAAUACGUACAAUGUAGUGUGACGAUUCUAAUGCAGGGGCCUUCUAUGUAGUUUAAGGUUCCUUGCAUAAUUGCAACAUUUUCAGUUCGUUUACACACUUAUCUGUCUGCCUAUCUAGUAGUUACAUAUUAUCAGCGUUCAUUAAUGAAUUAAUGAAUAUAUAUAUGAGUGAGUGAGUUUGGUUUAACACCGCUUUGAACUCUAAAGUUUAGUUGUAUAAUAUGUGCAACUAAAUUCAAUAAAUUAAAUUUCACAUAUUAACACACCUUUCUGAAAAAGUGAGCUUAUGUCAUGGUAUUUUUGUUUGGCGUUCGUCGUCGGCGUUUGUAAAAUUCUCAGAAAUCAUGGCACAAAUGACACCUGACUUGUUCAAUAACUUCGAAAUUAGAUUCGAAAUUUAAUCAAUUUUGGUACAUGUUGGGUUCAAACACAAAUGCCCCUUAAUUGCGACAUUUUACAAAUGGACGCCACAUUGGGGAUUGUGAAACAUGGCUGAAAUAUAUCUGUUCACAAUAUAAACAGUUCGGUAAGACACACCUUUUCAUACAACUGUUCUUGUGGUCAUACUGAAAUUUGUAUUUAGGACGAAAAUAACGAAAACGUUUAUAAAAACACCAUUGACCUUGAUUGCAUCAUUGACACAACACUUUAUACCGGAUCGGUUCGGUCGAGCAGCCUUGGGUUAAAGCGUUCGCUCGCCACGCCGAAGACCCGGGUUUGAUUCCCGACAUGAGUACAAUGUGUGAAGCCCAUUUCUGGUGUCCCCCGGUUGAUAUUGCUGGAAUAUGUCUAAAAGCGGCGUAAAACCAUACUCCCUCUCUCCCCCCCUCACUCACUCAUAUCAGAUCCUUGAGAGAAUUUUAUUGAUUGAUGUUGGAUGCAUUAUUAAUGUCACAUUUUGAAUUCAAUAAGACUAAAUAUAUGUAAUGAAGAUCCUGGAUGCUUUAUGAAUUAAGGCUACUAGACAACGCCAAUGUCACUAUAAAACUACUUUUAAUUAGUAUAUUACCUUCACAUAACACUGGCUUCACAUGCAAUAUCACUUCAUUGUAAUGUAUGCUCUGCAACAAGAGAUGAAGUCACAGCAGAUGAACCCUUGGUUGAUAUUUACUUCUAAUAUCAUCAAAAGUAGUACAUACAAGUAGCAAAUGGUAUUCGUCAUCUAUACCUCGAUCACAUCAAGAACAGUUUCUCAUGCCUUUAUCGAUUUUUUGCCACCUCCCUUCUUUUUUUCUCAACCGUAAUAGUCCCCCUUUAAACUUCACUAAAAUAUUUCGAAGAUUUAACUCGCUAAUUUCAAUAAAAAAAAUUUCUGGUUUAAGCAAACUUUUAUAUUCUCUAUAAAGAUAUAUAUUUUUGACUACAUGUAAAUACGUUUCUAAGAAACAUAUAAUGUCACGUGACCUAAAAGAGUCAAGAAAAUCAAUGUCAUCUAGUCUACUUCGCAGACCAUAUAUGUUCCAUGUACAUAUUGAUGACAGAAGACAAUUUGACUUCACUGUCCGAUGUAUUAAUGACAUGGCCUGGGAGAAUACGACUUUAUUAUACCAAGAAAACAUUUAUUGCACAGUUAAUUAUCACUAAAAUAUGAUUCAGUACUCCGUCUCGAAGAGUUACUGGUGCACAAGAUGGACAAGAUGAAAAGUAUCUACAUUAAUCGGAACGCAAUUCUGGCGGUAGUCCUUCAGAUUGUCCUUGCGAAGGAUCUGCAUUCUGAUAUUGUGUAGUAGAGCCAAUAUUCCUGUGUAGAGUGCAAAGAUGAUGGGAUAAUCAAGGCGAAUCUUGAUCGGGCCCUUUGUUGCCGAGAGACGUUUACUGUGUUUUUUGUGAAUCCAUCCCACUGGACUGCACUUCAACCUACAGGAUCUGUCGGGGUUUUCGAGCAGUAUGGGCUUCUCCAUUGAUUGACUAUGAUUUGUCAGGAAGAUAUAUUACUCUAUAUGUCCAGAAUUAUUUAAUUAUUUAAAACAACUUUUAUUACCGGGUUCCGACUUGCGGAAUCUGGAAUGGGUAAUGUUUGAUUUUGAUUACUGUUUAAACCACAAUUUACGUACACUUGUUAUAAUGCAGUGGUAUAACGGAUGUAUCUUUCAAAUAUUUUAAUGGAGUAUUGAUGAAUGAUGUCCAUUUGCAUAUUUAAUGUCAUGUCUCAAAGAAAAGUUUUGACAAGAUAGGAACAUCACAAAUCUUGUUCUAUUGGUACAUGAACCUCAACGAGGAGUUUUCCUAGAUUCCAAAAUGUUGUAUUUUAUUUUUAAUAUACAGCUGGAUAGUUGUUUACGUUGUCAGACAAUGACUAGUGUGCCCGAACAAGAUUCGGGUUUUUGUUUGUUUGUUUGCUUGUUUGUUUUGUUUGUACGAUUACGUUCAACAAACCCGGAAUGUUACGAAUUUGGGGGAUUUAAGGACGCUUGAUGACUACUGUUAAGAUCCGAUUUUUCAGGAUGUUACUCAAACCCAUGACAAAGCCAUCUGGAGGUGGUUGAUUUCUUUCUCAAAACGUUCUCGGAAUUUAAGUUAAAGAACGAAGUAUGACAAAGGUCCCUUGUGGUCCACUAGAACAUCAACUUUUAGGAACGAAUGAAACCAGCUCCAAUUUUCGAUUGCCUUCCCUUGUUUCCAGCUUUUGUUAUCUUAUUAUCCCCCGCCACGAAGUGGAAGGGGGAUAUAGGGAUGGGUGCCGUCCGUCCGUCCUUUCGUCCUUCCAUCCUUCCAUCCGUCACGUUUCGUUUCCGGAGCAAAAAACCGUA